AUGUGGUCCUCUCAGUCACUGCUACCAUCAGCAGACGGGGGCACGCUUUUCGCCACUUCCGGUCCUGAUUUUGGUUCUCUCAAUCCCUCAUCGUCGUAUCUUCGCGCGGCAGCCAUCGCGCAACACCACGAUCUUGAUAUCCAGGACAUUCUUACAAGUUCACCCAAGUUUUGGCCAUUGCACAAAGAUCCCAUACUCUCCAUAGAUCCCGCAGCGGCCAUACUGCUCACCAUCCAAUAUAAUCUCUGUCUCGGUACCCUCUCCCGUUACGUUCCAUCACGGUCCGAUUUGCGACCCAUGGCGGAGAGCUUACUGAAGUAUGAAACCAUAGGCCAAUUUUGCCUGACGGAAAUUGGCCAUGGAUUGGAUGCCUUUAAUCUAGGAACCAUUGCUACAUCAUUACCGGACGGAAGUUUUGAGCUGCACUCUCCCACUUCGCAGAAUGCUAAAUAUAUGCCGCCUACUACACCCGUUCUUGGGCGUCCUUGCGUCGCCGUCGUAUUCGCAAGAUUAUUGGCGCAUGGUGAGGACAAAGGGAUACGCCCCUUCCUGGUUCAGAUCAACGAUGGGCGUCGCAUGUGUCCUGGGAUAACUGCAUCGCUUUUACCAUAUCGCCAUGGAUCCGCUCCGGUCAAUCAUUCGGUUACCUAUUUCCAUCACGUGAAGCUACCGAAAGGCGCGUUAUUGGGCGAUACGGAAUGCGUCACCAACCCGCAUAUGGAUUUCCUGCUCGCGAUUUGGCGCGUCGGGGUCGGAACCCUGGCCCUGAGCUCAUGCAUGAUACCUGCCAUUCGUAUUGCAACAUCCAUCGCGUAUCGCUACAGUUUUCGCAGGCAUAUCGGUGGCCGUAAGGGAGAGACCGUGCCGAUUAUAUCCUUUCGCACACAGCAACUGCCCGUUUUCUUUGCUAUCGCGCAAGCCUACAUCCUGGACACCUUCCACAAGCACGCAGUUAGGUACUUCAUGGACAACACGAUGGAUCCUCGAGUCAGGCAUGGGAUUGCAACCACCUUCAAAGCUGGAAUCAUGUCGCAUACAUACAACACCCUCUACUCUCUAUCGGAGCGUUGUGGUGCUCAAGGUCUUUUCGGCUACAACAAAAUCGUGUCACUGAUGAGUGAAGUCCGUGGAGCAAGUAUCGCCGAAGGAGACACCUUGGUGUUAUGCAUACGCCUUGCUAAUGAGCUGUUCCUCGACCGUUAUGCUAUGCCAUCGCCUGCCGAUAGUGAUAGUCUCCUUGCUCGUCACGAAACCUCUCUUUUGGCAGAGGGACGGGCGCUGGCGAAACAAUAUGGUCAUCGCAGCCCCGAGUUUGCUUCCCUCGCUUUGACCCGCUGCGUCCCGUGUGUCGAGGCCAUCGCACACCGGAUGGCGUACGAGGCGGCGAUUGCAGAAGGUGUCGCGCGCCCUUUGAUCGACCUAUAUGCGUCCCAAGUGAUCAAGGGCGACUUCGGAUGGUAUGCAGAGACUGGAGCCAUGAGUCGCGCCCAGCUUGCGAAGAUGGAGUGUGAUGCACUGGACGCGAUCGUUCCACAUGCUUCCCAACUCGUGGAAGAUAUGCACGUCGACUCGUUCGUCGAGGUUCCUAUCCUCAGCGAUGCGUCCUGGGAGCGUUUCGUUCGAUCGCUUCCAACUUUCAGUUAUGGCACCCGUAUAGCUGUAACAACCCAGACGUAUCCAUCAGAAGGCGCCGACUCCGCGACGAUCUACAGCGCCUCAGGCGCUCGUGUUCCUGCGAUGUGCAAGCUUUGA